CUGAGAGCGCAGGUGAAACUAAUCACAUAAUGAUCGCUUCAUUGUCACUAAACCAGCACUGGAGUCUUUGAGGUCACGCCUGUGUUUCAGAUCAGGUCUCCGCUGUCUGAGCCACAGAACAUCCCGGAGGACAUUCCCAGCUCCCGGUGAACAUUUUAGUUGUUUUUAUUUGAGCGGAGCGCCGGGUUUUGGGGAUGGACGCUGCGGGGGGAGACGCACCGGUGAGCCGGCUGGAGAGGAGCGGCCACACCGCCUUCAUCGACAACAACACGCUGUAUGUGUGGGGAGGAUACCAGGUAGUUGCUGGAGAGGACGUCAUGUUGCCGAGCGAUGAGAUAUGGCUCUGUGAUUUAGACAGCGGGACGUGGGAGCGGAGGGAGAUCACUGGAGACAAACCUCCGGAUCUGUCAGGCUUCUGCGGCUCUUACGUUAAUGGCGCGCUUUACAUCUUUGCAGGAUGCAGCCUCACUGGAUACACAAACCAGAUGUACAGCGUCGACCUCACAGAGCCAAACUUCACGUGGAAAAACAUGACCGACAUGAAGGGAACGACGCCUUCACCACGAAACAAACACUCCUGCUGGGUGCAUCGAGACAGGUUAAUCUACUUUGGUGGAUAUGGAUGUAAGACGAUAGGGGAGGUACGAAACACCUCAAGCUUCGUCGUGGAAGAGAUGUCCUGGGCAACAAUUGGAAACGCGUUAUUUAGGUGCUGGGGCUGGAACAGCGAAGUCUGUGUUUUUGACACACACACGGCUACGUGGAGCACGCCAGAGACUCGGGGUCCUGCUCCCACUCCCAGAGGCUGCCAUGCCAGUGCCCUAUUGGGGGACAAAGGUUACAUCUCUGGAGGCGUGGUGAUGCCUCCUUUCAUUGAUCACAGUGAUCCACAAAAGGAAAAGGCCGUGUUGGACAUAUUCUGCUUGGACCUGGAGACCUGGACCUGGACUCAGUUUGACCUGUCCUCGUCCUGUGCACCAAUGGGGCGCUCCAUGUUCACCAUGACGCCCACAUCAGAUCACACGCUCUUCAUAUAUGGAGGUCUCGGCACAGACGGAAGAACGCUUGAUGACGCCUGGCAGUUUAACACACAGAAGAAAGAGUGGACCAAAAUGACACACCCACACAAGGACAAGCCCAGAGUGUGUCACACAGCGUGUCUGGGACAUGACAACGAUGUCGUCGUUUUCGGGGGAAGCAGCAACAUGUGCUUCCUCAUGGACACGGUUGCUAUUCUGAGGGCGCCGUCACAAAAACACUGCAGAGACGUGUUCAUGUUCCAGACCCAGCCGUACUCCCUCUUCAGAUUGUGUGAAGACUUCAUAGGAAAAAACACAGAGCUGUUUGGGGAUUAUCUUGACUGGUUGCCGUCAAAACUGCACAACAAAAUCGACAAGCGCUCAGCCUUUUUCUCCCCUACGAAGCCCAUUCUUACUCACUGAAGAGCACUUGAGAUUUUUAAAGUAACAAGAAUCUGAGCCAUUCAAUUAUUACAAAUGGUUUUCAUGGUUUUUUGUGUGUCAGGAAUGUGUGUUGAGUUGGGAAUGAGUGUUUCUUUCUGUGUUUAAUGAUCUAAAGAAAAACAUGGUGCUACAGUUUCUUUGUUUUAACUUAAAAACAUAAUUUGUAAAUUCAAUUUUUUGCCUUAUUUUAAAACAACUAGUUAAGAUUCUGUGAAAUUUUAAUCCAUAAAGUGUAUUGAUG